CCCGAUUCGGGUUCUGGGGAAGGAGACGCCAUGGAAUCCAAGGACCUUCAGGAGGAGCUGACCUGCCCCAUCUGUUUGGAGUAUUUUGAAGAUCCGGUGUCCAUGGAGUGCGGGCACAACUUCUGCCGCAGCUGCCUGCGCCGCAGCUGGGCCCCGGACGGCGGCGCGUUCCCCUGCCCCGAGUGCCGGCAGCCGUCGUCGCCCGCCUCGCUGCGGCCCAACAGGGCCCUGGCCCGGCUGACGGAGCGGACGCGGCGCCGGCCCUCCGGCCUGUGCGGCCGCCACUGGGAGCCGCUGCGGCUCUUCUGCGAGGACGACCAGCUGCCCGUGUGCUUGGUGUGUAGAGAGUCCCAGGAGCACCAGGACCACUCCAUGGCGCCGGUCGACGAGGCCUUCGAGAGCUACCUGGACAAACUUCUUGAGACUCAAUGUAGUCUAACAGAAAAGUUGAAGACAGCCAUGUGUUUACAGGACACGGAAAGGAAGAAUGCUACAGAAUGGAAGGACAAGAUGAAGAAUCAGAAAUUGAGAUUCCGUGCAGAGUUUACAAAGCUGCACAACUUCCUGGAUGAAGAAGAGCAAUUGUUUCUUCAGAGGCUGAGCAAAGAAGAAGAAGAGACUAAGAAGAAACGGACUGAGAAUACAUUACGGCUCCAUCAAAUAAUCACUUCCUUGAAGACGCUCAUCUUAGAAGUCAAGGAGAAGAGCCAGGGCUCCACCCUGGAGUUGCUUCAGAAUCCAAAAGAUCUUUUGACCAGGAGUAAGAACCAGGAUGUAAACUAUUCCCUUGAAGUUCUAGAGGUGAAGACUUUGUGCCGUAUACCAAUGCUAAAGGAAAUGCUGAAGCGAUUCCAAGUGGCUAUCAGUGUAGCUGAAGACACAGCUCAUUCCCAACUUGUCUUCUCCCAGGAAGGGAGGUACAUGAAAAAUGGAGUACCAGCCAGUUCUAGGCCAUUACUUUCUACAGCAUGGAGCUACUUUACUGGAUGGAGGCCUCCUCAGCAGACCACCGACUCUGUGAAGAGAUUUCAACACUUACCGUGUGUUUUGGGAAAAAAUGUUUUCACUUCAGGGAAACAUUACUGGGAAGUUGAGAACCGAGAUAGCCUGGAGAUUGCUGUGGGGGUAUGUCAGGAGGACAUCAUGGGAAUUGAUGAUAAUUCAGAAAUGUCUCCUCGUGUGGGCAUCUGGGCUAUUUGUUGGAGUCCCACCAGCUAUUGUCCCCUAACAGACUCUCCUAUAAGUCCCACCAAGCCAGAGCCAGCUCUUCACCGGGUAGGAGUUUUCCUAGAUUAUGGGGCUGGGGAUAUCUCAUUCUACAAUGCUGUGGAUGGAGUGCACCUACACACUUUUUCUUGUUCUUUUGUCUCACGUCUCCGGCCAUUUUUUUGGUUGAGCUCAUUAGCAUCUUUAGUCAUCCCACCAGUUACUGGUGGGAAAUGAGGCUAUUCUUCAUCUGCCCAAGAAUCCCCACCUAUAUAUUCCAGCCCAUGGACAUCCAUUUCUUGGCCCUCUUCUUUCACUUCAUACUGGUCCUUGGAAGUAAUCAGUACGUACUAUCCAUUCAGAUUCCAAUUUAGUGUUUUGUUCAGCUCUCUGUAUGUCACUUCAUGUAUGGUGAAAGAUUUUAUAACAAUUAAUCAAUAUGACCUUGAUUCCCAGUCCUUGUUUCAUUGUCACACAUUUCACUUUUACAUAUGUAAU